AUUUUUAAGCGUUAUUCGGUUCUGGUGGAGCUAACCGGAGUUAUGGCUGAUGGACGAGUCGCACCGGCGAUAGGAGUAGCGCCUGCAGCAACCACCCCUCGGUUUCUUAGCAUCUUUAAGCGUGUCGGGGAAAAAUAACCUUACAACAUUCAUGCAGGGUAUGAUGUAAUACCGAUGCUAACACCGAUCGUUCUAAGAACUUUAAUGCAAGAUGCAAGGAGAUAUGCUUCUCUCCGAAGGUCUAGUUCGAAAACCUCGGGUAUAUAUAGUUAGGUCUGUUCGUCUUCAAUAAUGGUUUCAUUCUCGGAAUAUCGUCAAGAGCUACACUUCUGAUACAUUUCAUAUCUACAACUUCAAAUACACAUCUCUUUCAUUAUAAAAACCAGCACAGCUCCACUUCACCCAUCUCUUACAAUGGCUGUUUGGUUUAUCAGCGGAUGCUCGUCAGGCUUCGGCGACCAAAUUGCUCGACAAGCCCUCGCUCGCGGUGAUAAAGUCGUCGCCACUGCUCGCAAUGCAUCAAAGCUCAGUGAACUCAAGAAACUCGGCGCUCUGACGCUCUCCCUCGACAUCACCUCCCCCGACGACGUGAUCCAGAAGGUCGCCAAAGAUGCCAUUGACGCCUAUGGCUCAAUCGACUAUCUAAUCAACAAUGCCGGCUACAUCUUAGAAGCAGCCGUCGAGGAAGCAAGCGAUGCCGAAAUCCGCGCUCAAUUCAGCACAAACUUUUUUGGCCAUGCCGCCGUAAUUCGUGCGGUGUUGCCAUACAUGCGCGCGGCCAAGAAAGGGGUCGUUGCGAACCUAGGGUCUAUUGCUGGAUGGCACAGUGAUGCUGGGUACGGAUAUUACAGCGCAUCCAAGAUGGCUCUCGUGGGUAUCACUGAGGCACUACGCCAGGAGGAGGCUCACCUAGGUAUCCAAGCCGUGAUGAUCGAUCCAGGGUAUUUCCGCACGAACUUCCUGGGUUCGGACGCGAAGAUCCAGAGCAAAACUGUCAUUGACGAUUUGAGGCCUAUGAUGGACCCAGUUAGGGAUAUGCUGGUCAAGGUCAAUCGAAACCAACCUGGUGAUCCGGUUAAGGGCGCGGCAGUUAUCAUUGAGGUAUUGACUCUCACGGGUCGUGCUUCAGGGAAGAAGCUUCCCCUGAGGUUGGCACUUGGGAGCGAUGCAGUUAAAGUAAUUGCCGGUGUUCAGGCUAGGCAAGCUAAAGAGUUGGAGGAAUGGGCGGAUAUAGUGAAGACUACGGACCAUGAGGAUUAGACGGCGAAUACUGGGUUAGGGUUGGGGGCGAAAGGGUUGAAACUGGGACAUGUUCAAAACAAUUAGAUUAAUA